GGAACGUUAAUGGUUGUGAAAAAGCUUACUGUGUACACGAUCGAUGUCACAUCUCCUGCAAUUGUUGUCCCUACAGGUUACUGCAAAGGGCUUCGCCCCACUGCUCCAGUUUGCCUACACAGCCAAGCUUGUUUUAAGCCGAGAGAACAUCCAUGAGGUGAUCCUGUGCGCUGAAUUCCUAGGUGUCCACAAUUUGGAAGAUUCCUGUUUCCGGUUCCUUCAAGCACAGCUGCAGAAUGACAGCAAACUGAGCAUUAAUGGCAAGAAGGAGUAUGAUAAUGACACGGCCAAUAACGCUGUCUUUUCUGAGACAGUAUACACAGACGAUUUAACAGACAACAGGCAGCACACCAGCAAUGUAGCAACCACAAAACCACUUCCCACUGACCUUCCUCAAUGCUCUAAAUACAGGAAAUAUCAAUAUCACUACAACAGUGAAACUCAUGAUGGUGAUGAAGACGACGGCGAUGAGGAUGAUGAUGAUGAUGACGACGAUAUCAUCUUGGCCAACCAUACCUCCGCCAGCCCGGUGAGCUCACAGCUCACAGACUGCAGCGAUGUCACACAAACACUUAUUAGCCCCUCCAGUAUCAAAGAGGAACCCGUCUUUGAUGAUGAGGGAGAUGAUCGGCGUGGAUGCAACCAAGAUUUGUCAACCGAAGAAGUGCUGGAGAUGGAAUUAGAAGUAGAAGGAGUUCCUGUCGCGGUUGAGCAUUUCCCAAGUGGCGGCUCACCUUCGUCAUGCUUACGCUCCUACCUCCAAAGAGGAGGACUGGAUCUUAGCAGCAUGCCAAGCACCACCAUAGAGCAGUUGCUCUCCAACAGACUGUCCCUCAACCACUACCGGGAACUAGUCAAACACGGACAUAAGGACAAAAGGGAAGCAAUGGUGAACCUGAAAAGCGGCACGGCAGAUGUACCAGCAGCACUGAGCAACAUUGACAGGCCCGUGCCUAAAGCCUCCUCAUCCAAACACAAAGGGGAGCUCGACAGACGCAGUGUGAUUUUCGCUUCAGGAGUUAGCGAUCAUCAUCAAAUGAUGACCCAUUACGCGGAUGAAAAGUUCAGUGAAAAGGUCCCGGGCUUGAUGCAGACUGAUUCAGCCUCUUCUGGCAGCUCAUGUCUGAUUACAAGCUGCCGUGCUCCUGUCAAGGCAUCAACCUAUUCCCCUGUUCCCUCUGAGCCCCUAACUCAGACUUCCAGCUGCCAUUCUUCAUUCUCAUAUGCAGAGGAUGGAGGAAGUGGCAGCCCAACUUCCAACCUGCAACAAUUUGACUUCUCCCUAUCGCCGCACUCUGGUUGCAUCUCUAGACUAUCUCAGUGCCUAGCGGGCAGGGAAGAGCCUAGGGACCUCCACAGUCGAGAGGUUGUCUUUUCUCAGGGUUGCACUAAGAUCAAAAGUGAGCAGGGAUUUGGUGCCAGUGGUGGAAACUCCAGCGACGAGUCGGGAUCUUUCUCAGAGGGAGACAGCGAAAGUGGACUCCGAGUAGCUGGACCUGAGGUAAAGCUACCUUUUCCCGUGGACCAGAUCACCAACUUGCCACGCAAUGACUUCCAGAUUCUCAUCAAGAUGCACAAACUGACCUCGGAGCAGCUGGAGUUCAUACAUGACAUUCGCCGUCGCAGUAAAAACCGCAUCGCUGCCCAGCGCUGUCGCAAGAGGAAGCUGGACUGCAUCCAGAACCUGGAGAGCGAGAUCCGCAAGUUGGUUUGUGAGAAAGAAAAACUGCUGAGUGAGCGCAAUCAACUCAAGCUGUGUAUGUCCGAGCUGUGGCAGAACCUCUCCUUCCUCUCCCAACAAGUUUGCAGAGACGUUCAGGACAGCCAUUCACCUCCCACCUCCAACAGUAUUGACCUGAUGUCCAACCAACCAUCUUCACCUGCCAAUGAGGCCUCAUACCACCCGACGUCACCUCAAGGAAAGCAAGUUGUAAGCAUGCCAGAUGUCGGCACUAAGGCAGGGGAGCUCAAUGAUGGGCAGCCGGGGGUGGAGGUCUCGGGUCGAGGGAACCCAAAAGGCUCACUGCUGUUUGAAUCAUCAGAGGAAAUACUCAGUCCCACCGUAACUGUGGAUUUCUGUCAGGAAAUGAUUAAGAAAUGCACAACAUAAGAACUGAAGAGACAUGAUGGCACUUAAAAGUUCAGUCAUAGAAGGUUGUCUUUGUGACACAUUCAUACUUGUCCUUAAAAAUAUUGAACUGUAACAUUUAAAGAGGUUUUGGAAUGGACAUUAAAAUUGUCCGCCCAGCAAUACUGUUCCACAGGUAUUUUCCAGAUUGGUUAAAAACAAAUACUGGCAGCUUUUUCUGUUUCUUUAUCUUAUCUCAUCUUGCCUGUUUCUUCCUGUCAGCUUCCCUCCCCAUCCCCCCUACAUGCAUUGCGGGAGGUUAAACUCAGGAAUUUCUCAGAAUGUUCACCCAAGUCCUUUUUAACAUCUUUAGAAUGCAUAUUUCAUCUUUUGGCUGCGGUCUAACAGCACAUCUGGCAACUUGACUGCAGAAAACACACUGCUGAGCCUGUUGAAACUCCCAAGCAACUUUUCUCAUUUGAUUUUGACCAUCCAGAUCGCUGUCGGGCUCAGGAUGCUCGACUGAAUUUACAUACUGUAAAUAGUGGUCAACCCAACAGUUGAACCUAAAUAAAUGCAAACCGAGUAGGAACCAAAGCAUUUUGGUUUUAAAUUUCCCAUGGCAGUUUAUUGUCGUGUGUCUGUGUUUGGUACCUUCUCAAAAGCGUACGAAAUUUGAUAGGGAUCGAACCAUUACUUCUAAAACAGUCAAUCAUUUCGCAUAAAACAGUGUGUAUCACACCAAAUGAAGCCUAACUGACCGUGCUCAUGUGCUGCCCGGUGGGAAUAGGGCUCUCUUUUUUUCUUGGUCCUAUUUUUCCAGAAAUACAGUCAUUAGAAUGACAGCCUUGCCAAAAGACCAUUGAAAGUUGACUUGUGCGCUAUCACUGUGUCCAUUUGUAAAUCAUACUCCACUAUCCUUUUCAUUUUCACAUUUUUGAUCAUAUGUGGUGGUUGUUUGAAUUAUGGGGCUAAUUUGGUUUAGCUCAAGUUACCUUGCAAGAUGUGACCCAGAUGCAAGGGAAAGCAGAUUUGAAACAAGUUUCGUAAUAUGGCAUGAUUCCUUCUUGUGACUGGCUCCAAGUAGGUCAUUUUCAUUAGCUCUAAAAUGACAUUGCAAAAUAGAUAAUGUGUUCCAAUAAUUUUUGCUUCUGGAAUUUCAAAUAUGUUUAUCCGAGUGGAAAAGUUCUCCCCGCCACCUCUCAUUUUGUCUGUGCUACGCUGGCACUGCAUUGCACACUGGUUUGCACCUGCCCUGCAGACGCGUCAUUUGAAGACACAAAAGCAACAAUCGCAAUUUUUCAUAGGUUUGAUUAAUCCCAUUGUGUGUGCCACAUUCAUCUAUUUGCAUAUUCACUUCACGGAACAUUUAAAAUGAACCGAGCGAAUUCUGCGCACUUGCCAUCUUUAGGUGCACCUGCUUCGUCGACCAACUUCCAUCUCUGUUUUUCAAGCAAUCAACAUUGUGAUUUUGCCUGUGUAUUAAAUAAGACCCCCCCAACAGUCUUCUACUCAUACUUUAGUAACUCAUCAAAUGAUGAAACUUUGUAUAACUUUGCUUUGGGCACAAUAUAUCUCAAUCUGGCUAAUUUUUGUUGAGCCACACAAGACUGUCAGUGUUAUUAAAGGUCUGCAUACAUUUGAUGUGUUUACAUUGGAUGAAAUGGUGAAAUGAACUCUUAUUAUGCAGCACUCAUAUAUAUCCAGCUCCAUUUGUUGUGUACCAUACGAUGGACGUGUCUAUUUCUUCAUUUUCCUUUUUUGUCAUACGUGUGCCAUGACAUAACUUAACAAUAAUCACCAAGUUGGAGCACUGCCAAGCACUUCCAAGAGGUCAACUUGGCACUAAUACUGAACAAAUGCAGAACAAUGGCACUGAAAGCAAAGUCUUAAUCCCAACAGUAGGACUCCACACCGGUGAAAGAUUUUGCCUAUCUGAAUAUUUCUACAAUCCAUCUCACAAAUUAUGCAAAAGUGUUCCUGGGGGUUUCAUUCAUUUAAAGUGUCUCACAAAUGUGACUGCGCUCCUCCCAUUUAUAUCAAUGUUUCAAUGCUGAAGAAAUGACACUUUGUCACAAUGAGGUGUACGGCUUGUAGGACAGUGUAAAUUCUCUUCAAAAUAACUCAACGCACAGCUAAAAAUGCCGCCUCGAAGUGAAAAUGUCCAAAUUUGGCCAAAUUAGCGAUUUUACUUGCCCGGUGUCAGGAGACUUGUUGAUGGAUCACAAAUAAACUGAAAGUGACGUCGAUGUGCCCAAGGGCUCUCACUGCAAAUGGCAGCUAACAGCAGAGGGCGGUAAAGGACAAAAUGGCAGUGUCAUGAGAUCGAUGAAAAUGGAUGGAUUAUUGUGCUUCAUUUCUUGUUCCAUGAUCAUAAUAUUAAUUUGGGGACUCGUCAUAUCUUAUUGCAAAGUAAAUUUGGUUUCCAUGAGUUCCCUUUCAACAACAGCAGUGGAACAUGUGGCGGGAGAAGCCUUCAAAGACGCGCUCGCACACGGCAUAA